AUGAGCCAGUUGUACCGGUCCUCGACCGACGGCCCGGUGACUCUGGCCCACACCCCGAACAACAACCCCCACGGCGCCAACGUCGAACACCACUUCUCCUUGCUCGACGAUAUCAAGCACCGCACCACCGACGACUACCGCAAAGUGUUUUAUAAAGUGCCCCCCCGCAACCAGGGUACCACCACUAACCCCGUCAAGAAGCAUUAUCGCCCCAAAGUAUCGUUUGACACCAUCAACAUUGGCUAUGACGACGACGACACCGACUGGGAGCCGUACGACCCCGAGGACCACCGGUGGCAAGUUGGCGACCACCCCAGCUACAACCGCAGUCACGACGACUAUCUCUAUCCCGGCGAUCGAGGCCGCAGCCGGCUGCGACUGCCGGGUCCUCGAGACGUGAGUUUCUCCCCCGUGAGAGGCGCCGAACCCACUGACGUCUAUGAAUUAGCUCGUAUGCUUAGCGCUACAAGACCAGCGUACCCGACGACGCCGAUCAUCACCUUCCGAGGGACGACGUUGGCGAGAACUCACGAAAAAUGGGACGACUUAUACAAGAUGAACUUGUACAACGCCGACAAUGGCUGGCUCCGCCCCACCCUCCCCAACCGGGUGAUCUUGGUGUACAUCUCGGGCAGAAUGCACACCUGGGUCGCUCUCGACUGGUUAUUCCGCUCGUUUGUGGAGAACGGCGACACGGUGGUUGUGGUAGCCGCCAUCGACCUGAGACAGCUUUUAAAGCAACGCCACGGACGUAGCGGCGCCGGUAAAGGGUACCGAGCUCCCGCGUACGCCGGUCGACCCCAGGCAAUGACAACGAAGAUGAGAUUGCGCCAGCGCAACUCCCCGGAGUACAUGGCCACCCUCGCCCACGACGUGAUGGACUACUGCAUGGAGGUGAUGAACCCCGACGUCAUCGCUCGUGUAUGUCUUGAAUUAUGCGUGGGAAAGACGAAACAGGUGUUGAAGGAGAUGUACAAGCUCUACGAGCCCAACUUGGUGUGCACCGCCACCAAGGUCAACUUGGGGGUGACGGCGCCGCUCCGGGCGUGGAACUCGCGCAAAAUCACCGACAAGUUAGUCAGUCAGUUCCCGUUGCCCGUGAUUGUGGUGCUGCCGAUGAACAUGGCCCACUACGAGCACCAUCUCGAGGUGGAGAUCGACGAGAAGUACGGGUUUGAGCCCGACCCCUUGGAGGAGUGCAAGCACCGAUGUAUCCACUCCACCAAGCAGCCAGGGGGCAAAGCCAGCGACUGGGACCCGGAGAUCGACGGCGACGACGCGUUGCUGAUUGACCUGGAGCUGCUGGUGGCCUCGGAAGACCUGUACUCGUCGUUUGACGAGAUCGGCAAGCUUUACACUGACUACCGCAAAGAUGUGCGCAAAAACAUUGUUGCCUUGAAGAAGCGACCUCGUGACCAAGAAUUCUUUGCCAAUUUCUUACGGAUGAUCUCCGAUAAGCUGGCCGAGCUCUGUGACGAUAUUCGCGCCGUCAACCCUGAUUUCAAAGGUAAAGGGGCUAUGCUUGCUCACGCGAUCACGGGGCUGACCAGUUUUAACCAAUCCCCUUACAAGACGAAGCUGAUGCUCUCGCCAGUGGAGGAUAAGCCCUCCCUGCCCACUUCUCCAGGGCAGGGCGUAUCGUACGCCGAUACUCUCAAGGCGUUAAAGCAGAACCAGCUGCGGCUGGCGAGUCCCGCAGUGCCGCCCGUGGUGGUGCUGAAAGUGUCGUCCCCUGAAGAUACCCUGCCGCCGAGACAUCGAGACAUUCGCUUCGGCGACUUACAGACGCCGUCGUCGAGGAAAUCGCCGCUGCCCCUCGCUACCAGCGCCCUUCAGAAACUGAAGAGUCACGAAGUCAACGGUGACCGGCCGCUGUUGGAGCCUAGACGAUCACACCCUGACAUUCACACCAUCCACGCCAUGAGAGGGAAAUCCCACGACGGCGACAAGGACGGACACAAGAAGAAACACUUCUUCAGUAAACUUUUUAAGCGUUAG